AUACUACUGCUUCAAUUCAAGGUCCUGAAGAACCAGAUCUAGAAUCCGUUCCACUUUGGAAGAUUUUUGAGGGAUGAAGCAAAUGGAUGUGGAUUGUAAAGUGGAUGGCAUAAAGAAAACACCGUCAAUGAGUUGUCCACCACCACCACCGCCGCCGCUGCCGCCGCCACCGCUGCCAAGAUCAUGGGCAACAAUUAAACCAUUUGCGAAAAGAAGUAGUAGCGUACAGAGUGUGACGAAGCAAGAGAUUGCCAAGUAUUGGAGACAGAAGCGCAUGGAGGAAGAGGAUCACCUCCUUUCUGCUAUCAAAGCUGCCGCUCGUAUCAGAGCACGUAAUCUCACUGAAGAAGACUAUAAACGUUUUGAAGAGUCACUGAAUGACGAUACCACCGACGCCAAGAAGAAAGACGAAGACAAUACUACUACUACUACUACUACUACCAAUGUAGAGAAAGAGCUUCGAGUAGGAAUCAAAGACUGGUGGACAAAGAGCAAAUAUGCAUAUCUCAACCAACCAGCCAUCGAGUCUAUGGAGAAGCCGAAACGCUCCUCCACCUACAUUCCCAACUUUUGCUUUUAUAAAAGCCCUUCUUCACCCCACCCUACAUCACUUGGGGUUUUCUAAACUCCUUAAUUAAGAGAUGCCCUUAG